AUGGCCGCCAAAGUCAUCCUCCCCUUCCUAAGCCUCUUCGUCUUCUACGCGAUAUUCUACUUCGCAGACAUCAAUGGCCUCCGCAACCUGGGUGAUCAAGCCAUCGCCUCAAAAACCCUUCCGGGCACCAACUUCCCCCUCCGCACAGUCUACACAGGCGUAGAACCAAUCGACCACCUCCUCACAACCUUAACAACCUUCUUCUGGCCCACGACAGACUACAGCCACCCAUCACUCUUCCUCCACUCAAUCAGCUUCUCAGGAACCUUCGGCUCAGCCUGGAUCCUAAUCAGCCUCGAAGCAUGGCGAAAAGGCAACGCCUGGACAAUCGCCGCAUUCCCAAUGAUCUUCGGCCUAACAGCCCAAGUUCUCACCUUCGCCUUCGCCGCCCCCCUCUACUGCUUCCUCCACCUAAUAGUAACUCCAACCAACCCAACUCCCGACGCAAUCCGCGUCCCUCGCUCCGUCCUCCAUGCCAUCCCCGCCGUCUUUGUAAUAGGCUACCUCCUCCCAACCCACCUCCUCACCGUCCCCCUCUCAGAACAUAUAACCCCUGAUAUAAAGCAAAUCUUCAUCGCCAUCUGGCAGCCCUGGCCCGCUUACGUCUCGAUCCUCCUAACAGUAUCCCAUUUGGUCUUUAACCCCUUUACAGGGCGGGAUAAAGACGGCCGCGCGAAUUUGAGUGCCCUGCGCCGUGUGUACGCUUUCGCGUUCGCGAACACGGCGCUCACGCACCUUGUCUCGUGGAUUCUGUCGCUGGGUACGGUGUUUGCGCCGGGGAUGUAUAACGAGGCAUAUUUGGAGGCGUUGCAUCCGAGGCGGGUUUUUGAGGUUCCCUUCCCAUGGGAACAGCCCGUGAGGGGGGUGAGAAGUGUUGGGGAAGGGGUGCAUUUGUUCUUGAGGUGGGAUUAUAUUAUUGGGUCUGCUGGGGUGUUAGUUUGGGCGGGGGCUUUGUAUAGUGCUGCGCGGAAGAGGGUUUAUGGGAAGACUGGGCUGGUAGCGACUUUGGUGAAGAGCGUGGUGCUUGGGGCACUAGUUGGGCCUGUCGGGGCUGCGGUUGUGUUGUUGUGGGAGAGGGAUGAGAUGGUUGUUUGUGAGAUGGGAGGUGUGAGGAGGGGGGUUGUGGCGGGUGGGAAGAAGGAUUCUUGA